AUAUGACCCGGUAGUGCAAUUUGGAUGAUCUUUUCACUUUUUUAUUUGUAAAUUUUUGUUGGAAAAGCAUGCUUGCUUACAAUUGGAAGCAACUCCGUGCAGACAGAUUUAGUGUUUGAACAUACUUGAGUUGAGACUGUGAAAUUGUUACCUCAAAGUUAAAUGGGCACCGCAUAAGAAGCAUGAAAAAAUGUUCUUGUAACGAUCCUUGUCAUAGUUUUUCAUGUAAAGCAGACCUGUCUCAUCCCUAUUCAGAAAAUACUGAAGUGGGAAAUUUUGAAUACAUGUAAUUUGAAGGCACAGCCUUCAGGAUAAACAUUCAGUUGAUACUUUUAAACAAUAUUUGUUUCCAAUUUGUUCUGGGAAAGAGAAUUAUUAUGAAGUUGAACCACGAGAAUUUGUCUUUGCGAAUCAUAAGACAAUAUUUUCUGUACCACGUGCUUACUGAAAGAAUUAUGCUCAAUUUCAUGACACCAAUUUAAAAUGUGAAUGCAGCUGAGUUUUUCCCUGAUAGAUCAGAAGUUCAAUGUCUGCACAGAUGGCAAAAAGUUCUUAAUCCAGAACUUGUUAAAGGACCUUGGACUAAGGAGGAGGAUGACAAAAUAGUUGAAAUGGUGUCAAAAUAUGGGCCAUCAAAAUGGUCUUUGAUAGCAAAGUCCUUGCCUGGUCGAAUAGGAAAACAGUGUCGAGAACGGUGGCACAAUCAUCUUAAUCCCGACAUAAAGAAGGAUGCUUGGUCUUCGGAAGAGGAGUUGGCCCUCAUGAAUGCUCAUCGCAUAUAUGGAAACAAAUGGGCUGAAAUUGCUAAGGUUCUUCCUGGAAGGACUGAUAAUGCUAUAAAGAACCACUGGAAUAGUUCGCUAAAAAAGAAGAUGGAUUUCUAUUUAGCCACAGGAAGACUUCCACCAACUUUGAAGAACAGUCCACAAGUUGUUGUCAAAGACACUGUUAGACAUUCUAAACCUACAUUAUUUGUUUGUUCAAAUAAAGAAUCAGAUACUGCAGUUGAAUCUUCAUCGGAAACUACAGAAAUUACUCAACUAUAUAGCAGUGACAAGAAGGACAAGAAUCGACUAGAGUGCUUGGUAACAGUUGGAGAUUCCUCUGGUGCUCCUCUUGUAAAUGAAUCUGUUGAUACUGAAUGUAAAGCUGGAUCAUCCAACAUAAAUCUCAGCUGCAACGACUCAGAACUGGUGUCAAGAGAUAAUUUCCAAGUACAUAGUAUAAAGAACUCUGAGAAUCCUGGACUGGUUGGCAAACCGAAUGAGAGUUGCAGAGACAAUGCUAAAAUGAGCAAUAACAGGUUCUGCAGAACAUGUUUUUCACACGAAACUCCGGUCUCUGGUUCUUUAUGCUACGAGCCACCACAGUUAGACUUUUCAGUCCCUUUAGAUUCUCUUUAUUCCAAUAUCCUUCAUGAGCAGAAUGACUGCUCUUCUCCGAUUGCGUCAUCCGUUGGUUUCUUCUCUCCACUUGGUGUAAAUGGUAGUGAAAACGUAACCCCCGAAUCAAUAUUGAAAAUGGCAGCAAAAACUUUUCCGAGUACUCCUUCAAUAAUGAGGAAGAGAAGGACUGUUUCCCAAGCACAUGUCACUCCUAGUAAAGCUUUGAAAGCAGAUAUUGAUUCACAGACGUCUAAAGUACAAGAGAGAUCCAAGGAUAACUCUGAUUCUAUAGUUGGGAGCGACAUUAUUAAUAAUAAUAAGGAUUUCAAUGCAUCUCCCCCCUAUCGACUUAGACCAAAGCGGACCGCAGUUGUCAAGUCGAUUGAGAAACAGCUUGAGUUUGCAUUUGAAAAGGAGAAGGAUGACAGUGGUAUGCAUAAAGUACAAGAAGGUGCUUUGUCAUGAUUUAAGUAGGGAUUUUGAUUGGACUUGCUCUUGAAGCUGAUUGAAUGUUACCCAAAACUAAGUGGACGGGUGACUUUCCUCCUAACAAUUUUGCAAGCAUAAUCCUGUGCAGGAGUCAAGAUAUCUUGGCCAUAAUUUAGGGUUUUGUAUAUCCAUGUUUGGAAAUUUUUAAGUUAACAUCAUUGGUGGUAAAAAGCAGAAAUAUUUAUUUCGGUCACACGCGAAUAAGACUUGAAAACAAAUAGUUAUUAGUAGACUAUGAUUUGAUAGAUUCUAUUUUAGUAAAUACGAAUUUACAGGUGUUUUAUACAAGAAUGUAGUCAUUGAUUUAGUUUCAAACAAUCAAGGAAAAGUUUGAACCAUUUUUUGAAACUCUUAAUUGAAUGUUAAAGGAGCUGCAAUUUCUAA